AUGUCAACAAGACGAGCACGCUCUGUAAGUCGUCAUCGAGGUUUAACGCCUGGUCGCGAAAUGACUCCGUCUAUUUACGAUAAUGGUUAUUCCUCGUAUUCCACUCGACUAAAUAUCUAUCAGCCGGAUAUUUAUUACCCACGUGCUCAUUCAGUAUCACGUAUUGACGACUAUUUACCUCGUGCUGCAAGUGUUGCUCGUUUUAACAAUGUGGCAGAUGAAUAUCAUUCAAUAGUUGGAGGUAGAUCAAAUGCUUAUGAUCGUUGGCGUCGUUCACAAUCGGUACAUCGUUUUGAUCAUUUGAAAGCACAACGACCCUAUCGUCCGUAUGCUACACAUGAUUUUGAUUAUUUUGAUCGUUAUACGGAACGUAUCCGUGAUAAAACACCUAUUUAUCUCGAUGACCACUAUAGUCAUCGUCCCUAUUACUGGUAUCAUACAGCACCACGUACGCAUUACUAUUAUUUACCAUAUGAUGAUUGGCAUUAUCGUCCAUUAUACAAUUAUCGCAGUCCAAAUUUAUACUCUGCAUCGGGCUAUGAUACAACAUAUCGUUUUAAUGAUGCUAUUAAUCGUGUCGGUACAAUGAAACGUGCCAUGCGUGAUAUUGAUUAUAAUCGUGAAUUAAGACAAUUAAGAUUUCAUUAUCCAACAACAUAUAGUACAUUAACACACGCCGAUCAUUUUUUGGGUAAAGCAAGAGAAGAUGUUAGACAGGCAAUUAGAAGUCGAGUUGGCGAUGGUAUAAGACGAGAUAAUCCAAGAGAUUAUUUUGGAAGAACAUUUGUUCAAUUUGAAAAAGAUGGUGUUAAUAAUGUAGGAGUUAAAUAUACGGGAUUGACAAAAACGGUUGAUGCUAAACCGAGUUAUUGGAAAGCUGAAGAUAAUGUUGAAACUGGCUAUGAUUUACAAGCCAUGAAUGAUGAUACAAUUGAUAAACUAGAUGCAAAUCAAACACGUAUUGAUGCCAGUCGUGAAUGGCUCCUACAAGAUCGAGCGGGUAUAGCACCACGAAUGUAUCAUUUUGAUAUGGAUUCUCGUCGUGCUCGUCGAGAUGUUGAUAAUGCUCAACGCCUUGUUAGAAAUUUACAACAACUCAAACAUGAAAUGACAAAUCGUUUAGCACAACCAUGGACAUUUACAAAAUAUUCUUAA